CUUCACACACAGUCUCUCCUCUUCUGCUUCUCAUCUCCUGGAAGCCCUCAAUCUCAAUCAUCGCCAGCACUGUGAGUUUUGCUUUGGUUUUUCUUGUUUAUGAGAGGAUUCUCCCGGCGAAAUCUCACCCUUUCGUCGGUAUCUCUGAUUACAGCUGCCCUAUUCUAUCGCACUUCUCGGUAAAGCUGCUGAAUUGAUUUCGGUAGCAAAAUCUGUUGAAGGACAUCAUUCCUUUAAUACCAUGGCUACCAAUGAAAAUCUGCCACCAAAUGUGAUCAAGCAACUUGCAAAGGAAUUGAAGAGUCUUGACGAAUCCCCUCCUGAAGGCAUUAAAGUUUGCGUGAAUGAUGAUGACUUUUCACUCAUAUUUGCUGAUAUUGAAGGGCCAGCUGGCACUCCUUACGAGAAUGGUGUUUUUCGCAUGAAGCUGUUAUUAUCUCAUGACUUUCCGCACUCUCCUCCCAAAGGUUACUUUCUGACUAGAAUUUUCCAUCCAAACAUUGCAAAUAAUGGUGAGAUUUGUGUGAACACCUUAAAAAAAGAUUGGAAUCCAAGCCUUGGAUUACGACAUGUUCUCAUUGUAGUCAGAUGUCUGUUGAUAGAACCAUUUCCUGAAUCCGCCUUAAAUGAACAAGCAGGCAAGAUGCUGCUUGAGGAUUAUGAGGAAUAUGCAAGACAUGCCAGGCUUUAUACUGGAAUCCAUGCCAAACCAAAACCCAAAUUCAAAACAGGAGCUAUUUCUGAGUCUACUACUGCCCUGAACGUUGAUCAAUCUAACACCUCGGCACUUAAUGCUGAUCAAAAGAUCAUGGUAGGUGGUGCUGCUUUGCCACUGGCAUCUCCAGCCCCUUCCCCAUCCGUACUGGUCCCUUUGACUGUUACUGCAAGAGGACUUGGCCAGGAUCAGGCUGCUGCUGUAGCGGCUGCAGCAGCAGAGACGAGAGUUGGUGGCACUGCUGCCUCAGCUGUAGCAAGAAAUACAACACUAAAGAAGGAAGCUGGCUUGACAAAAGCACUGGCAGAAAAGAAGAAAAUCGAUGCAAGAAAGAAAAGUCUGAAGAGAUUAUGAAGUUUCAAGGGAAAUUGUGGUGACUUAUCUGUUAUCCCCUUACUGUUGAAGGGAGAGAGGGGGAGGGAGGGCUGAGCAGUGUCAAGUGUCAAAAUAUAUGGGCUGAGCAGUGUGUGAUGUUGUAAGAAAUACUUGCAUUGAGAAAAAGUUGUCAAUUGAAUUUACCCAGUAUUAUGUCUACAUCUUCAUUAUUCUU